AUGAAGCUUAAGGUGGACAAAAGUUUAUUGCCGAUAAAGAUACACUUCUUCUUCUUUUUCGCUGCACUAGGGCCUCUACUACCACAGAUAAAUGUAUUCGGUCGGCAGCUUGGCGUCUCUGCAGCGGUCAUGGGAAUGGUUACAGCCGUUUUGCCGCUCCUAUGGGCCGCUGCGAAACCCCUGUUCGGAUAUGUCGUCGACUUUUGGCCGAACAAAAGAAAAUUAGUCUUCAUGCUACUAAUAUUGACAAUGUCUGGCUCGUAUUGUUGUCUGUGGUUCCUACCAGUGCCCGAAGAUCAAGAGAAAAUCUUAGAAUCCGUCUACAAUUUGAACGAAACGAUUUAUAUAAAACCUUACGACGACGCCGACCUCCUCGACAAGUACAGCUGUCACUGGAACUGCUCCACAGACGAUAAAUUUGACGUUUACCUGUCAAACGCGACGUACAUAAACACUAUGUAUGUGGAGGGCGCUGCCAGCAAUGUAUCUUGCUCGCUCUUACACAUGGAGCUAGAUAUCCGAGAGAGAGAGAUAGCAUGUGCUCCCAAGCAAAAUUGUAACUUGAUGUGCUAUGAAGCGAAUUUGAAUGUAAACGUUUCGAGUAAAACGGAUGCAACGGCGGACGAGAAUGAGGGUAGUUUUUAUGUGACAGCGACUUUUUGGGCAUUCGUCGUGCUGAUGUGCGUCGGGACGGUCGCUUUUAAUGUUGCAAAUUGCAUUGGCGACGCCGUUUGCUUUGACGUAUUAGGACCCGAACGGGGCUCAAAAUAUGGGGCCCAGCGCGCUUGGGGCACAGCCGGUUACGGCCUCACUGCCUUCUUGGGUGGUUGGUUAAUAGAUAUGGUGUCUGGGACGUACAAGGACUUCACCCCGGCGUUCCUUAUAGCGAUAGUCGCUACUUGUAUCGAUUUAGCUAGCUGUAGAGCUUUGACGCUACCCUCACUGUCGAGCCCCACAGACUCGGGUAAAGCCCUAAGGGACAUCUUGAAAAUACCGCGGGUAGUUGUGUUUAUUAUAUUCGCGGUCGUCGCUGGUUUCUUUGACAGUUUCAUUAUUUAUUAUAUGUUUUGGUUCUUGGAAGAAUUGUCAGAGGUGACUGGCACGACGUCAAGUAUAAAGUUAAUAGAAGGAACGAUUGUAGCGGGACAGAGCUUCGUUGGGGAACUGCUGUUCUUCUUCUUUUCAGGUAAAAUAAUAAAGCGAUGGGGCUACGGCACUACGCUGACCUUUUCUCUGUUCUGCUAUGGCGUGCGCAUGAUUUGCAUCUCUCUCAUACAGCAUCCGUGGCAUCUGGUCUUUAUUGAGAGUAUAAUGCAAGGUCCAACAUACGCACUGUGCUAUUCUACAAUCGUUGGGUACGCGGCUCAUGUAGCUCCCGAAGGUUAUUCUGCCACCGUCCAGGGCAUCGUCGCUGGAAUGGACGACGGAGUAGGCUUCGCCCUUGGAUCCCUGGUGGGGGGGCAGCUGUAUAGUCGGGCUGGGGGCAGGGGCUCCUUUCGUAUUCUGGCGGGAGUGGCUUUGUUAGCGUCGGGCCUGCAUGCGGUUCUAUUCGCAUGGCUGACAAGAAACGAUACAGAUCGCAAACCGCAAGUGACGUCACAGGAGGAGGGAGAGAAAAUGUUGCCACUGUCAAACAACGCCAUCUAUCGGGAGACGGUAGAGCCGCUCGCGGAGAAAUCCGAUCGAUAG